AUGGUUAGGUGGCUCUCGGCAGCAGAUGGUUUAGGGUUGCGGUUCGGACCCCGUGGGCAGCCAGCCAGGGAUAGGGGUUUCCCACGCGGCGCGCGAGAACGGCGGCCGGCUGGCUGGGAAAGUCGUGCCGGGCACGACACUGGGGGCGGCCGAAAAGAACCGCUAGGGAGAAGAUGGAGGCCUGAUGGUACUGGCCACAAGUGGGACCCCGAAGGGCCAAUGGUUGCCGAGAACCGGACGGCAGGUGUAUGCCCGCAGGCAAAGGUCUUGCCUGAUGACGACGUAGACGACUCGUGGCGUUGUACUGGUUCGCUUGACAAGUGGUUGACCAUGAAGACGACGUUGAAUAGGAGGAGACGGCGGUGUGCAGCGGCUCGACAUAUACAACAACGACUCGACAUGGGUUCAGCGGCUCGACAUGGCGGCUCGACAUGGGCAGCGGCUCGACAAGCAGCGGCUCGACAUGGGCAGCGGCUCGACAAGCAGCGGCUCGACAUGGCUGUGGCUAUAGAUGGAUGGUGGACAGUGGGACCCAACUAG